AUGUUAUUACAUCGACUUAUUCUCUCAACAGUGAAUCGUUCGAGUCAAUUGAAAUUUGUUCGAUUAAUUGCAACAUCAUCAGUACAAAUUGAAUUCAAAGAUGGACUUGCCAACAUCACAGUUCCUCUACCAAGCCGUGGCGAAUCAUGUGUUUUUCAAUUAAAACCGUUUAACACAACCAUUGGGGAUUUCAUUGAUGUUUUACAAAAAGAAGACCGUGGGAUUGAUCGAGCGUCGGUUUAUCUUUCGGAUGGAUCUCGUCUGUCGCGGAAUUCACCAAUUGAAUUGAUUUUCGAAGAAGCAUCGACAUUGCGAGUCAAUGAAACUUCAUAUAAUAUUCAACCACCGACUCUAUUUACUUCGAAUAAACCAUCACGAGAUGUUCUUUCGGACGUUUCGAAUUCGAUUACAAAGCUUUAUUAUGACCUACGUCUUAAUCAGUAUGUUACCUAUCGAGAGCGAGAGUUGGAAAAACAAUUAGAAUACUUACGCAACACUGUUCAGCCACUGAAUGAAAUUCAUCAACAAUUAGCUAAUAAAGCGAUUCGACGAUUGAAAUGGAUUCAAUGGUCAAUUCUGGCAGGAAUGGCUUUUCAAACUGGUGUAUUGUUUCGCUUAGUGUGGAUUGACUAUAGUUGGGAUAUUAUGGAACCUUUUACUUACUUUAUUUCGUAUUCAACUGUAUUUAUGGCUUAUUGUUAUUAUGUUCUUCGUCGUAAUGACAUGAAGUAUAUGAAUAUGUCGGAUUAUUUCUAUUUGAAAAUCUUACAUCGUUUAUUGCGAAAGAAAAAUUUCGAUAUCGCACGUUAUAAUGCUUUGAAAAAUGAAAUUAUGAUUGUCGAACACGACCUUCAACGUCUCAAAGAUCCCUUAGAUCGUAUUAUUGGCACACCGUAA